AUGUUAGAUAAGUUUCAUCUAAAAGAAAAUGACUGGUUAAGGUCUGUUUUUAAAAUAAGGGAUUUAUGGAUUCCAGCUUUUAUGAGAGAUCUUGAACUUUCUGGUUUGAUGCGAACUACUUCAAGAUCAGAGAGUCUGAAUUAUGCUUUCUCACAUUUUUUGCAUCAUAAAUCAAAUUUGGUGAAGUUCAUGAUGUCGUUUGAUAGUGCAAUGGAGAAGCAAAGGCAUCAACAAUCUUUAUUAGAUUAUCAGUCCACAACUACUACCCCCAAGCUAAGGACUCCUUUGGCUAUUGAAAAGCAUGCAUCGGAAAUUUAUACACAUAAUAUUUUCUUGGACAUUCAGAAAGAGUUAUACAAAUCUGUGUUUUAUUGUGUUCAAGAAUCUUUAGUUAUUGAAGAUGAAAGUGAAGUUGUAUUUAGAAGAAGGGGUGAUAGCAUUAACAUCAGUUGUAGCUGCAUGCAUUUUGUCCAGGAAGGAUUGUUAUGUCGUCAUAUGUUUUUCAUAUUAAAUAUGAAAGAGUAUGACGAAAUUCCAUCAAAUUUCAUUUUGAGGAGAUGGGGAAAAGAUAUCAUAGCUGAUGGAUUGUUGACAAAAAAAAUAGCAAAUAAUGAGGGUGAGUUGGCUAAAUAUAUAAAGCAACUUCAGGAGGUUGAUAGUGGUAUUCCUUUAUGUACCUCAUCAAGGGCAUCUUCGAGUAGAUCAGUUCACAUUGAAAAAAUUAUUGGAGUUGCAGCACCUGAUGUUGUCAACAUUCAUAAUCCAGAGGGGAUCAGAAACAAGGGAUGGGCCAGUGGUAAAAGAAUCAAGAGCACUAGAGAGAAAGUGAUUGAGAAAUCUAAAAAGGAUUCUAGGUUGUGCAGUUUAUGUCAUAAACCAAAUCAUAAUGCUAGGAGUUGCAUUUUGAGGUUAAAGAAGUCUGAUUUAGAAUCUGAGGUUACAGAAGGCUGA